AUGCCCGCUCCAACAGACGUCAGCCAGCUUCGCGCUUUUCUCGGACUCAUCAACUUCUACGGCAAUUUCGUCAAGGAUCUGCACGAUCUUCGCGCUCCGCUAGACGCCCUUACGAAGAAGGAUGCUGUCUACAAGUGGUCACCGGAGUGCAAAACUUCCUUCAAUAAGAUCAAGGCAACACUCAGCUCGGAUCUCCUGCUGGACUGGCGAUUUGAGGCGGGACGCGGGGGCGGCUCUAGCGCGAUUCACAAGGAAGAGGGGAUAGCCAGUCUACGGGAGGUGGGCGCAAGGCCUGCUUCAGCGAGGGCGUGGGGGGCACGGAUUCUACUGCAACUACGUUUCCACGAUCAGAGUAGGUCGGUGCGUCAACACGAAGGAUUUCGGGCAGGUGGACGCUCUCUCUCGUCUUAUAGCGUCGCACUCGUCAAUACCGGAAGAUUACGUCAUCGCCUCCGUCGACGCCGAUGUCACUGCCGAGUUCACAGAAAACUGUCGACAUCUUCCAGUAUCUGCCGAAUCCAUCCGGACCGCUACGAAAGCCGAUCGACUGAGCCAAGAAGUGAUCGACUACACGAAAUCCGGAAAAUGGCCCAAAGUCAACCGCGACUCUCCUUUAUGGCACUACUAUAA